CAGAAUGUCGCAAAAAUUUCUCUGCAAAAAUAAAUAGACGCCGAAUUGCAAUAUUGAAAAUAUUUUAAAUUAUUGCGAAGAUGUCUAUGAUUCCAUUCUUUCCUAAUCUCAAGCCAACCGUGGCUAAUCGUUUUUGGUUUGAUAUGACAUCCGAUGAUGAGAUGCAAACAAAGCGCUAUGAGGACGAGCGCAGGAAUUGGCGAGAAUCUUUAAAGACUGCGGCUACAGAUUUGCAGCCACUGGGUAAGGUGCACACUAUCACUGGCGUCGAAACAGAUGAUGAGGAUGCCAACGAUGACAGUGAGGACACCGAUAGUCACGAUGAGGAGGACGAUGAGACAAACGAUCGUGUCAUUCCCGUUACACAGGAUUUCUACUCGGCGGACGAUAUACAAAUGAACGACGAGACCUCGCCCACAGCACCCUAAAUGGAAAGGCAUUGCAUAGAUACACCAUUUAGUUAGUUAAGAGUUAGUUACUGUUGCGAUUACAAAGUUCCCUUUACAAACUGUAAUAACAAUUUUCGUUUACUUUAAGCUUAAAUAAAUUAUAAACACAA